AUGUCGUACUUUGACCGCACUGCUUCGACUUUCGCCGGCCGCAAACGCUCCAGAGACGAGGCAGCAGCCAACCUCGACGACCCGGAGAAGGUGGUCCCAGCUCCUAAAGUCGAAGAGCCUGAAGACGAGUGGGAGUAUGGCCCCGGCAUGGUUCUCAUCAAGAAGACCACCCCCUACACUACCGACGCUGGCAGCCAAUCCGGUACCUGGCUUGAGGAGAAGGCUGCUCAAGAGCAUGCUCGCAAACUUGAGGAGGCCACAAUCGCCCAGAAGAAGCUCUCUCAAGAACGUUCUUCCCUGCGGAGCAACAAGUCGCAGCGUCUUGGCCUCGCAAACGACCCUGUCCCCUCAAACCACAUCGCACAAAGCAACGGGAACAACUCUGGCCGCGAUACCUCGCCUGACGCGCCCAAACAACCGGUCGUCGACGACUUCACCAUGCAUCUCGGCAUUGGGUGGGCUCGUCUCAGUGACGACGAGCACAUUCAAGCAGCCGCUCGUGGCUGGGCUCGCUACAUUGACAACCACUUCCCUGUCACUGGCGCCAGGAUUCUCCUGCAAAAGUCCCAAGAGGCCUACCUUGUUCAAGCCCGCGAGGGCUUCUUUCUCUUUGCCGAAAACCUGCGUGAGGGCCGACUUGUCAGCUCGGAUCCCGAGCGUGCCUUCCUCAACCUCAAGUCAUGCCCUGCCGUCUUCGAUGGCCCCAUGAUGGCUGCCGUCGAGUCUCCUCGACCUCAAUUCCAAGACACCCACAACUCGACGUGGAACACUGCCUCGACCUCUCAACGACUUCCUACUGUUCCCGACAUGGACGUGGACAUGAACUGA